CUGAGUGGUUCGCCGCGGGUCGCAGUCGACCGAGCGCGCCGCUCCUCAUCGUCGCCGAUAUUGUUGUUGUUGUUGUGGUUCUUGUUAUCGUUGUGGUUAGCAGCGUUUAGAUGCCCGCGUUGUGUAGCUGCGGUGGCUGAGAGGGCUCUCACUUGAGCUCGAAUGCUGCGCGGAUCCUCCGCUGUUCGACCCGGCCCGAGGCGGACAUGGAGGCGGGCAGCCUGCUGCGCGCGAUGUUCGAAUUCCGGCCCAGUGUGCCGGAGGAGCUGACGCUGUUCGUGGGAGAUGUGGUGCUGCUGUUGGACACACUCGACGAGUUCUGGCUAUUAGGCAAGAAGGAUGGGGUCACAGGGCAAUUCCCAUCCAGCUUUGUGGAGCCCGUUCCCAUCCCCAAGCUGCAAGCAAAAGAGAGGCUUUACGUUUGCACAGAAAGCUUUAACCCCCUAACAGCCGACAGUCUGGAGAUCAAGAGGGGAGAUGUGCUGGUGAUAGAGGAAGCACUUGACACAAACUGGUUCCGAGGACGCAGGGAGAACCAUCGUGGCCUCAUCGCCGCGUCAUGUGUCACGGAGCUCAGGUUGCCGGCUCGGCCAAGUCGGGGUGGUUACCCGGGUGCCGACAGCGACGCCGACUUGGUGUUGCCUGCGAAUGCGCUUGGCCGAGCGCGGGCCAUUAUGGGGCUGGCGGCACAGAUGGAGGGCGAGCUCGACUUUCGAGAAGGCGACAUCAUUACGAUAACCGGCAUCCCGGAGGAGGGCUGGUAUGAUGGGGAGAUUGAUGGCAGACGUGGCACUUUCCCAGAAGGCUUUGUUGAACUCCUCAAACCACUGAAGAAGAUGAAUGUGAAAGAUCACUGUCAAGAUGAGGAGAUCUUGGAUUCUGACCAAAGCACUUUAUGUGGAAGUGAAUAUGGACCUCUCAGCCAACACAACGUUGAUGAAAAUGAAAUUUAUGCUGUUGCACUUUAUGAUUUUAAAGCCAUCGAGGCUGGUGAGUUGGACUUCAGAAAGGGUGACCGAAUAACAAUCGUUCAGGAACUGGAAGAUGACUGGCUGGAAGGUGAAGUUCGUGGCUGCAGAGGCAUUUUCCCAAUUCGGUUUGUAAAACUGGAAGCUAAAGAGUCACCUGUUUCUGAUCUCGUACAGACAAUGGAGAAUGAUCCCAAUUUAAACCGUAGCAAAAAAGAAAAUACGAGCUUUAAAGAAUCAAAGAGUUUUGAUGUAUACCAAAAGGAAUUGCCAUGUAAUUUGCUUGAAAAUAAUGAAGAAUUAUCACUUGACUCUUCAAAUAUUGAGAUCUCUGUUGUUGGCCAACAGCCAGAUGUUUUGGAAUCAUCUUUCGGUAUGUCCAGUACGUCUGAGACACCAAAAGAAAACACAGGAUUGCGCUUUCCAUCUUCCCCAGUCCGACGCUACGAUGUGCACCCUGAGGUAGGAGAGAACAAGGAUACAAAUGUUGGGAAACCAGUGAAGAUCGACUAUACCGUCACAAUCAGGUCAGAGCAAGAGACAUCCAAAAGGUCUCAUAACAGAGAAUCUGUACACCAAGACCUGUUGCAGUGGGUGGCGACACAAAAGCGACAUGCCAAAGACAGAAGCGAGAGUUUUGAAGCUUUUCAUGUCAACGAAAUUUCAAGCAGCAGCACUGAAUGUACUGUGCAUAAUGGUGGCUUGUCUUCAAACUGUAAACCAAAGCCAGAUUCGCUGAAUCAUAAGAGUGGUGUUGGAUUGUCUGGCUGCACCUCCACAGAUCUCGAGAGCAAGUUAACUGAGCAAGUAAUGCAAUUCAAUCAGAGUCUCUCAACGAAGAGAUCAGAUGUGAGCUUGGAAGCACAUGACCUACUACAAGGUCCCCAGCAGCAGCAGCUGAAUAACGAACAAGGACAGAGCCGCCCUCCCAUUCCUCCUCGCCCCGACGUGACUCAGCAGCCCCAGCCACCACCACGAGCGCACCGCACGCCACCGCCCCCGCCUACCAACCGACGGGCAUCUGCCCCUCUGAAAGUACCGCCACUCCUUCGUGCCAACAUGACAGUCUGGCAGAGCGCCGAGGACAGAGACGGUGGUGGAAAGCUGAUGCCCACGAGACCCGCGCCCAUGCCUCCUGGACAGGCGGGAACCACCCUGGAAACGGGCGCUAUUCUGAGCAGAGCAGCCUCGGUGUGUGGCGACAGGGCAAGGGAUGGAGCUCCCGUGUCUGCUCCGGUGCCUCCCUAUCGCCGGAACCACUCCAGUGGGGAUCUGUCUGCAGAUCUGGCUCAUGUCAGGCAGAGAUUGCAACCAGGUGCAAUCACAAGGCCGGCAUCGGCCCAGCUGCAGACUCACGACUUGAUAGAUCUUGGGAGGGAAGAUGAGCUGCUGGAUUUUGGUGGCAGCCAUGGAAGCCAGGACAGCAACCUUGACAUUGCCGCAGAUGACAUGACGCUGCUGAGUGGGCCUUCUGCUCCGAUGAACGGGGGCGCCGCCCACGUGGGUGGGCCACCGAACGGCGCCGCCCCCGAGGCUAGAGCGCUGCAGGGGCCUCAGCCGGGCCGAGCGCUGGAGAAGCGCAAGAUGGUGCUGGAGGAGCUGCUGCGAACCGAGAGGGACUACUUGGCCGACCUGCAGUUCUGCAGGGAGGAGAUCUACAUCCCGCUCAGGAAAACACAGGUGGCCAAUCUGGAUGUGGAGGGGCUGUUUGGGAACCUGGAGGCAGUGCUAGAAGUGAACGCCCGCUUCUACGAGUCACUGCAGUCAGCCGUCCACAUCGCCCGCCCCGACGACCAGAAGAUCGGCGAGAUCUUCCUCGCCUUCAAAAGCGAGCUUGAGGAGGUCUACAAGGUGUACUGCCGCAACCACGAUGACGCGAUCUCGCUCUUGGAGGCCUUCGAGAAGGAUGAGGACAUCAAGGCACAGAUGGCAGUGUGUCUCAAAAAUAUGAGGGAAAGGUCCAACUAUAUAAACCUGGGGGCACUGCUCAUCAAGCCAGUGCAGAGGGUGAUGCGCUACCCGCUGCUGCUGACCGAGCUCCUGGGAGCCACGCCACCGUCUCACCCUGACCAGCCGUCGCUGAGCAAAGCGCUCGUCGCCUUGCGACAGCUCAACCACAACAUCAACGAGUUCAAGCGCCGGAAGGACCUGGUGGUCAAGUACAGAAAAGAUGAUGAUUCUUCACUGAUUGACAAGCUCUCCAAACUGAACAUGCAUUCCAUUCUGAAGAAGUCAAGCCGCGUCAGUGGCCACCUCAAGCAUCUGACAGGCAUGGCUUCCCAGAUCCGGGACGAGGCAUUUGAGGAGGAGGAGCGAGGCUUCCGUGGCCUCGAGCGCGCUGUCAAGUCCUUCCUGCGCAGCCUCUCUCUCUACACCCAGCAGCUGCGGGAAGCUCUGGCUGCCGAGCUUCAGUGCUCCUCCAGCUUCUCGGCGCUUCACGCCAAACCCGACGCCGAUCGCUACCAGCAAACGUGCCGGCACAUCGCCACCGAGUCCUUCCCUCAGUUUAAGGAUCGCGUGGACCGGCUGGUGAUCUCUCCUCUGUCCGCCCUGCUGGCCUCCUUUGCGGGGCCGCACAAGCUCGUGCAGAAGCGUUACGACAAGCUGCUGGACUACAGCGCACGCCGCGAGGCGAGCGAGCGCAACCGGGACCGGCCCGAGUCGGAGGAGCUGCAGGCCACCCAGAAGGACUACGUUGCCCUCAAUGCCCAGCUGUUGGAGGAGCUGCCCUUGCUGAGAGCAGGAGGGCAGGCUUUGCUGGGAGCUGCAGCGCGCAACCUCGUGGCGGUGCACCGCGACCUCGUCCUCGCCAUCCUCCAGCAGCUGCAGCCCCUCGACGUACAGGCGGAGCAGCAGGGUGCGUUUGGUGCGCGGCACAUGCACGCACUCGCUGAGCUGCAGCGCUUCAGCUUCAUGUGCGACCCGCCGGACAGUUUGCGCCGUGGGCUUGACGGACGGCACAGCAUGGACCGCCGCACUGCCUCCAGGCUGUCCGGCAUCCUGGCGACGACCGGCAGUACACAGACGGACUCGGGCCGCUCGCAGCUGCUGGCGCGCUUCCCGCCCGAUCGCCUCUUCGUUCUCGAUCGCAAAGUGAACGUGGCGCAGGAUCUGGACCUGGCGCUGAGCGAAGGCGAGCUCGUCGCCGUCAUCAAGCAGCAGGAUCCCAUGGGCAGCCAUCGCCGCUGGUUCGUCAGCAACGGGGUGGCACAAGGGUUUGUGUACAGCUCCUUCCUGCGGCCCUACAGCCCACGCACCAGCCAAUCGGCUACCUCUGUGAGCAGCCAAUCUUCGGCCGAGUCUGUGCCAACGCGAUCCCCACACUCCUCGCCCAUCCUUACCAGGCAGAACAGCAGCUCUUCCACCCAGAGCAGCGGCUCCUCGGCGUGGAGUGGCCAGCCCCCAGAGCACCCCUCGCCGCUCCUAAGCCGACAGAACAGCGACACCUCCUGCCAGCUGAGCGUCGGCACAGCUCGCACGAGCGCAACCUUCCUCAAAAAACCUCAGAGCCACGUAGCGAGUGGCGAUCAGACUGAAGACAGCACGUCGCUGCAGAGGAAUGGCAGCGGCCGAGGCAGCAUUAGAAACCAAGGCGGCACGAGCCAUCAAACUGCAAGGACGGACUGCACUACCAGUCGCACGGUGGAGCGACUGGUCUCCCUGGAAGAAGAUCGCACGAUGUCCCAGACGCCCCAUUUUGCCGACACCAUGGUCACACUGGACAGCCAAUGUGAGGGCACACCCCCUCGCCAGGGCCCGUGCAGACAUGGAGGCGGCCAGAGCGGCAGCUCGCACGGGGGGCCCAGGCCAAGUGGGGAGAGCAGCUGGGCGACCGUCGACCAGGACGCUACGCUGCAAGCCGGGAGGAGGUCCGAGUCCGGCUGGUGUGAGCGGCAGACGUCGCUGGACGUGACGAGGAUGGCGCACGGCACCGGUGCGGAGGAGGCGAGAAUUCCCAUCCGUUCCCAGAGUCUGCAGGACGAACAGUGGGACUGCUCCACCCACAAGGAAGGCCAACAGGCUGCUCGCCACGCACCCAGGACUAAACCUGGUGUGAGGAGGAAAGGAAAAGAUGUCUAUUACGCCGUGUACGCGUUCGAAGCGCGCGGAGCGGAAGAGAUGUCUCUGCGAACCAGGCAGCGAGUGCGCAUCGUGCAGUUCCGUGACGCCUCUGGGAACCAGGACUGGUGGCUGGUGGAGAGCGAGGGCCGGCAGGGUUACGUACCGGCCACCUACAUCGCCAAGAUGGAAUACACGUGACCCCGUCGUUGCCCCCUUCUCCAACCGUGGUGCUGUCAGUCAUUGCCCUUCGUUGAAUUGGUCACACUGGUGGGGAAUGUGACCUGCGAGAACCCCCGCCUGGUCAGGAAUGACCUUUAGCAUUGUUCAUGAAAUGUGUGAGGAUCAUGCCACGAUAACUGGGAUAUAGGUUACAUGUGGAUUGUUUUGAAUCCGUUCCUCGUAGGAAGUUAAGUAGGGAGCUGGAAAUUUUGUUUGCACUCGAGCUUUUUCGUCAUUAACUGGAAAAUUAUGCACAGAUAUACGUCGGGUUUUUUGCAAUUAGUGCAUUUAAUAUCCUCAUUUGCACCAUCUUGCAAGAGAGAGAUGUAAAAUAAAAAUUAAGAGUAUGCUGUAAUGUUUUUUGGGAUUUGCUGAUUUUCAGAAGUACUGCCAUUCCUUAGAUGCUUCUUGUCCAGGUAAACUGUUAGAUAUUCAUACUCAUGGAUGUGAAUGGGCAUUGUUAUAUCAAGGCUUCACAGAAAAAAAAAUCCGUAGUAUUUUUUCAUAUGCAUAUGAACAUUUAUCUUCGAAGGACUUUUAAAUUUGCCUCAUUUACAAUGAAGAAAAUCAAACUUCGCAUUUGUGCUAAAUUGAUCAACUUCAGCAUUCUUACCCGCCUUUGCAGUGGCUUAAAUAUGAAGUUACCCACGAAGGCAGUUUGCAUAAAACAAAUGUACUGACAGCCAAUAUAUACUUGAAUUAUCGUGCUACAUAGGAUUAUUUAAUCUUAAAACACAUUUUUGCUCCUGUAUUUUUUGUCUAAAUAUUUCUGUAUAAAAGACAACAGCAACUACAUACCCCAGACGUCACAUUCUGCCCUUGUACAGAAGCAGGAAGUCCAACAUGCUAGACGGUUGUGGAGCUUGUGCUGUUAUGGUGUUUGGAGCAGAAACCAAAAUUUUACUUUUUUCCAAGGUGCAAUGCAGUAGCAGAGACCAGAACAACACAUGCAGAAACUACACAACGAUGUAAAUAAAAUAUAACUGUACAUUUUGAAAACCAUAGCAGUCUAUUUUCACGUGAAAAAUUCAGUGUAAUUACUGGUGUCGUGUUACUCUCGCUCCAAACGUGAGGCACCUUAGCCGGAUGGUGGAGCAAGGUGUGAUGGUGUAUGUCUUCAAUGUGUUUGUCUGAUGUGAGUUUUGUUAGCUGUGACACUGGAGCUUAGCUAAGCUGAACUAGAACUAUUGGUUCAGUGACUUUCAGAAUAGGCGCAGUCACCAUCUGCUCUCACCCAUUGUAUUGUUACUUAAAUAUAGUCUUGAUUUGAAGCUUUCGUAACUGCAGGAAUCCAUACUUUGGUUCUUUUGGUCGUCACGUAGGUAAAAAAAUA